AUGGCAGCGACAUCUCAAGCCGUUAGUCUCCUUCUCAAGGCCCAGAAAUCGCUCGAAAAGGCGUCAAGCAGCGCGUCGUCAGGCUUUUCUAAGUGGUUCUCCUCCAGUAGUGCCAACUACGAGGCCACCGGUGAUCUCUUUCAGCAGAGCGGGAAUCAGUUCAAGCUCGAGAAGCGCUACAAGGAGGCUGGAGAUGCCUUCAAGGAAGAAGCAAAAUGCAGAGAGGCGAUGGGUGACGACGCACGCAACGAGGCUGCAAACGCUUGGUGGCAAGCGGCCAAAGCCUACAAGCAAGGCUUUCCUGACCUGGCCGUUGAUGCCCUCUCUCAUACGAUCAAGCACUUCUGUGCUACUGGCAAGUUUCGACAAGCGGCAGACAGAGAGAAGGAGAUUGCACAGAUCUAUGUCAAGGAACUCAACGAUGUCAAGCGUGGCUGCGAAUCCUAUGACCAAGCUGCUGAAUGGUACGAUCAGGAAGACUCCAAAGCGACUGCGACUUCCUGUCGUCGAGAUGCGGCCGACCUCUACGCCGAACUAGGCGAGUAUGAUCUGGCCAUUGAACGAUACCGCAAGGUCGCAGAUUCGUAUAUGGACUCCCCGCUUACCCGCUUCAAUGUCAAGGAAAUUUGGCUGCGUGAAGGACUAUGUGCUCUUGCUAAAGGGGAUUAUGCCCAAGCAUCCAACCUUCUGGCAAGGACACGCACUGUAGACCCGACUUUCCAAACGACUCGUGAAGCAAAGUUCUUGAGUACGCUCACAGAUGCAGUCAGCCAAGGUGAUGUAGAGAUGUUCACAAAUGCGCUGGUGGAAUGGGACCAUGUAUCCAAGCUGGACAACUGGAAGACGGCAAUUCUACUCGCUGCCAAGGCCAAACUUCUGAGUGCGGAACAAGACGAUUAUCGGUAA